UCUUCUGCUGAGGUGGAUGGAGCAGCUGAACAUCUGCCCUCGGUGCUCUCCAGGAACUCCAGGGGUGCCAGCAGGGGCAGCUGCUGGCUGUUCUCAGAACCCUUUGAUUUGGAUAAACAGAAAAUUUAUCCACGCAGCCACAGCUGGGUGUUCCCACGGGAGAUUAUUCCCAAAGCUUGGCAGGAGGCUGCCUCCCACCAGGGUUAGGGUUAGUGUUAGGGUAACAACUCCUCAAAUCUCCUUUGGAAGCAGGAAUGGACAGCUCAAAAUCCCAACCAAAGAGCUCCUGACCCCCAGGAGAGCUGGCCCAGCUGAACUCGCAGCAAACAUGAAGCUGAUUUUGAUCUUCAGUGCCCUCCUCGGGGCUUCCCUGUGCCUGGAAACCUUCGUUGGGCACCAGGUUCUCCGGAUCAGGACCAAAAAUGAGGAGGAGGUCAGGCAGCUGCAGCUCCUGGAGUCGCUGGAGCACCUGCAGCUGGAUUUCUGGGUCAACCCCUCUGCCCCUGCCCUCCCUGUGGACGUGAGAAUUCCUGCUGUCAGUGUCCAGUCAGUGAAAGCCUUCCUGGAAUCCCAGGGCAUUGGAUAUUCCAUCCUGAUUGAAGACCUGCAGGAUGUUCUGGAUAAAGAAAAGCAAGACAUGGCCGAGAGUGCCCAGAGGCAGCGCAGCAGCAACACCUUUGACUUCGGUACUUACCACACUCUGGAUGAGAUUAAUGCAGAGCUGGACCACCUUGCAUCUGAGUACAGCUUUGUGGAGAAGAUCCAGAUCGGGCAAUCCUACGAGAAGCGGCCUCUGUACGUCCUGAAGUUCAGCACCGGAGGCUCGCGCCGCCCGGCCAUCUGGCUCGACGCCGGCAUCCAUUCCCGCGAGUGGGUCACCCAGGCCAGCGCCCUGUGGAUCGCCAACAAGAUUGCCUCUGACUAUGGAACAGAUGAGUCCAUCACCUCCCUGCUGGACAAGAUGGAUCUUUUCCUGCUGCCAGUCGCCAACCCUGAUGGAUUUGUGUACACUCACACCUCGAACCGCAUGUGGAGGAAAACCCGCUCCAAGAUCCCCGGCAGCGUCUGCGUCGGAGUUGAUCCCAACAGGAACUGGGAUGCAGGUUUUGGAGGUCCUGGGGCCAGCAGCAGACCCUGCUCCGACUCCUACCACGGGCCCAGCGCCAACUCCGAGGUGGAGGUGAAAUCUGUCGUCGACUUCAUCAAGAAUCAUGGAAACUUCAAGGCCUUCCUGACCCUCCACAGCUAUUCCCAGCUCCUGAUGUAUCCCUAUGGAUACAAAUGCACCAGGCCAGAUGAUUAUGCCGAGCUGGAAUCUCUGGGAAGAGCUGCUGCCAAUUCCAUCCGCUCCCUCUAUGGCACCACCUUCCAAGUGGGCACCAUUUGCAACACCAUCUACCAAGCCAGUGGAGGCAGCAUUGACUGGAGCUACGACAACGGCAUCAAAUAUUCCUUUGCCUUCGAGCUGCGGGACACGGGGCGCUACGGCUUCCUGCUGCCCGCCAACCAGAUCCUCCCUGCUGCCAAGGAGACCUGGCUGGGCCUCAAGAAAAUCAUGGAGCACGUGCGGGACAAGUCCUCCUGAGAGCUGGGCUGAGCUCUCUGCAGCACAGCUCCUAAAUCCUCCGUGGGCUGUGACGGCUGUCGUGAUGGAAAGGGCUGAAUAAACCCCUGUGCAUUCCCCA